CUGUACGUAGUGAUAUCUUACCAACAAGCGUGCACAUGUUGUCGACGUUGUUUCUGGUUUUACCAGCGAUUCAGAGCUUUUCGACAUAGCAAGGGAUUACUUCAGAGACACCGGCUCGCUAUCGCCAAUGCCGGCACGGCAGCACUUUUGUGUCGAGCUUGGAGCGUUCCUGCCACCGCGCAUUGCGCAAACAGCGACCAGGUUCAAGACCUAAAUCCGGCAACGUUGUCCCACGAAUUCCUCAUCAAGCAGGCUAGCAUCGCUGCCGUCGAAGCAACAUCUAGGAUCUUGAUGCAGCUGACGGCUGCUGUCUUGGACGCACACGAAGCAUACUGCAAGAGCCUGAACCGGAUGUGCUCGUUGAUGAAGACCUUCGAGACCGAGCUGGGACGGUGUGCCGGCAGCGACGAGUUGUGGCUCGAGCUCAUCGCCAUGAGAGAGGAGGCCAACCGUCUCAAGGCCAACCUCGUCAACCUGGAAUCCCGGAUGCAGAGCGUCUCCAACCUGGUCGAAGCCAUGGCGCAGACGGCGUUUGUCAACGGCGCCGAGUACGCGGGCAUCAGCGCCAACGAGCGCCUCCUCUCGGCACAGCGCGAGAUCAGGAGCGCCGCCAAACGCACCGCCAGCCUUGAGGCGGUGCUCAACGAGGCCCAGAAGGCCAGCAUCAUCGCCGCCCUAGACAACGACGACUACGACGACCUCGACGACAGGAAAAAGCCGCAAUGACAAUCCUCGUCCUACUGGCAUUUGCAACGGGAAGUGAAAACGGCUGGUCAAAAGGAUUACCAGCUGCACCGAUCCCGGAUAUCGCAUGGUCCUUAGGUAAACUACUUACUGGCCUGGAAUCUUCGGCAGUAUCUGCCCUAGUCAGUUUUGUCACCACGAGCUGCACCGAUCAAUGUAAGAGUAAUUCCGAAAUCAUACGACACCUAGGUCUGGAGCGUAGAUGCCGUUCCUAAUCAUUCAUCUUUUCGAAGGGCCAGUGGGGUUUUAUGAAAGGGCAGACACAUCUAGCGACUUUCGUUGUGGCAACUUCUCCGAACCCUCGUCAGUUCGUUAGACACUCCGAGUGAUCCGAUUGGUUGACUCCUAACGUCGGCAGCAUGCCUCAGGUGCUUCAACUCGUCCCUAGGGAAAUCCUUCCCAUAGCAUGCAGAAAAAAUUCCGGACCAGGUAACCGAAGGACCAUGGCUACAGUACCCAGCUCUUUCGGACAAAGAUGAAGCUCAAGCAUUAUCCUGCCUAUGAGAUACAGCCUGCAACAUUUUUUUCGGGCCGUCUUUGGCCAACCACGAUACUUAGGACAAGAGAGUGCACGGCGACGUCUGCUAUCUUGUUGAUGGAAGAGAGCCUGCGAUUGUGUCUCUGUUAUCCUGUCAGCCGGGAUAGCAAGGACAAAGAAGAGGAUAUCCCAGCGGCAUCCACAGACUUGUUGGUGUAGGACAGCCGGAAUCACUCGCUUGGUCAUCCUGUCUUCUGUAAACAAGAAUGACGACUAUCCAGGACAAGCAAACAAGUGCCUCAAAGUUAUCCUAAGCACCCAGGGGCGAUUCCCAAGGACAAUAAAAAGCCGCUUCAACACUUGGUAUCAUCCUGCUUCCAGUUGGUAUAGAUGUGCGCGAUAUCCUUUGUCCGGUCUUUCAUCGAAAAUGGCAAAACUGACAAGCAAAUGUUCUCCUGGCUUUGUCCUGCGCCUGCCAGCAUGGACAAUAUAAAGAAUGGUUCACACA